AUGAUGCAGUGGACGACCGAGGCCGCUACAAGGGCAGCGCGGGCAGAAGCUGAGGGCGCGUCCCUCCACGGGAGUCGUGACGGCUGCCCUCACGCUGAGUACACGGUGCGCUCUGCCGGGUUUAUCGUGCUGGUCCAUCGUGAGCGAGACGCCGCCUUGCUGCUCCUGGGAGGAUCUGACCCUGUCUGUCGGCGCGAGGAGACGCUGGCAAUGUCCCAGACACAGGAGUAUGAAUGCAGGAGCCACAAUGCCGACGCACCGGAGCCCCGGGUCUCGGGGCCGAGCACCAGGCUGGAGUGGGUGGAGAUCAUCGAGCCGCGCACCCGCGAGCGCAUGUACGCCAACCUGGUCACCGGCGAGUGCGUGUGGGACCCACCGGCCGGCGUCCGCAUCAAGCGCACCAGCGAGAACCAGUGGUGGGAGCUGUUCGACCCCAACACGUCGCGCUUCUACUACUACAACGCCACCACGCAGCGCACCGUGUGGCACCGGCCGCAGGACUGCGACAUCAUCCCCCUGGCCAAGCCCCGAGCAGGACUCCGGCGACAGGGCCCAGGAGCUCCCGACCCGGGGCAACCGGCCGGCUUUUGGGGCGGUGAGAGAGGAGAGCGGCAGCUCCUCCCCUCCUGGCGUGUUCCUCGAGAAGGAGUAUGAGCUCUACCGGGAUUACGGUGCGGACGGUCAGCUCCUUCACUACAGGACCUCCUCACUGCGGUGGAACUCGGGCACCAAGGAGCGCAUGCUCAUCAAAGUGGCCGACCGUGAGCCCGGCUUCCUCACCCCCCAGGGCAAUGGCUAUGCGGCAGAUAGCCAGCCUGGGGGCCGCACCCGGCGCCCCUCAGGCAGCCAACACUCACCCAGCCCGCAGACCUUCGUCCCUGACAACGAGGGCUCCGUCUUCUUCCCCGAGAGGAGGCCAUCGCCCUUCCUGAAGAGGGCCGAGCACCCUGGGAGCUGCUCCCCGCUGCUGGCCCAGCCCCGGAAGCCCUCCAGUGACUCGCAGCCCUCCUCCCCACGCUACGGCUACGAGCCCCCACUCUACGAGGAGCCCCCCGUGGAGUACCAGGCCCCCAUCUACGACGAGCCUCCCAUGGACGUGCAGUACGAGGCCAGUGGGGGCCACCAGGCAGGCUCCCCGCAGAGGUGGCCAGGCCGCCAGCCGCGCUCCCUGCCACCGUCCAGGCAGGCCCCACCCUCGCCCGGCCCGCUGGUGCUCACCAGGCAGCGGUGCCCCGAGCGCUUCCUAAGCCUGGAGUACAGCCCAGCAGGCAAGGAGUACGUGAGGCAGCUGGUGUAUGUGGAGCAGGCAGGCUCCAGCCCCAAGCUGCGCGCUGGCCCCCGGCACAAGUACGCCCCCAACCCAGGGGGCGGCUCCUACUCCCUGCAGCCCAGCCCCUGCCUGCUGAGGGACCAGCGCCUGGGGGUCCGGUCCGGGGACUACAGCACCAUGGAAGGGCCUGAGCUGCGGCACGGCCCCCCGCCCACGCCGCUGCCCCAAGCCCAGGAGGAUGCCAUGUCGUGGUCCAGUCAGCAGGACACCCUGUCUUCCACGGGCUACUCCCCAGGCACGCGCAAGAGGAAGAGCAGGAAGCCCUCUCUGUGCCCGGCCCCCACUGACAGCCCUGGGGACCUGCUGGCGGAGCAGCCCCUGGCCGAGGAGCGGGCCCCCUGUGGCCCUAGCCUGGCCCCCAGCAAGCGGGCAGAGGGCGAGGUGGAGGGCUCACGGGGCAUGGCCGAACCUCUUCUGGCACAGGCACGGCUGGCCUGGGAGGCGCAGCAGGCCCACUUCCACAUGCGGCAGAGGAGCAGCUGGGACGCCCAGCAGGACGGCUCCGGCUACGAGAGUGACGGUGCCCUGCCGCCUCCCAUGCCCGGGCCGGUGGUGCGCGCCUUCAGUGAGGAUGAGGCCCUGGCCCAGCAGGACGGCAAGCACUGGAAGAGGGGCACCUUCGAGAAGCUCGGCUUCCCGCAGAUCCUGCUGGAGAAGAGUGUCUCGGUACAGACCAACCUGGCCUCGCCGGAGCCCUACCUCCACCCCUCCCAGUCCGAGGACCUCGGCACCUGUGCACAGUUGGAGAGCAGCCGGCUGGGCCGCAGUGUGAUGCCGAGCGCCAGCUGUGUCUUCCCCACCUUUACGCUGCGCAAGCCCUCCUCGGAGACGGACAUCGAGAACUGGGCCUCCCAGCACUUCAACAAGCACACGCAGGGCCUCUUCCGGCGGAAGGUGUCCCUCGCCAACAUGCUGGCCUGGAGCAGCGAGUCCAUCAAGAAGCCCAUGAUCGUGACCAGUGACCGGCACGUGAAGAAGGAGGCCUGCGAGAUCUUCAAGCUGAUCCAGAUGUACAUGGGCGACCGGCGGGCCAAGGCGGACCCACUGCACGUGGCCCUGGAGGUCGCCACCAAGGGCUGGAGCGUGCAGGGCCUGCGGGAUGAGCUGUACAUCCAGCUGUGCCGGCAGACGACCGAGAACUUCCGCUUGGACAGCCUGGCCCGCGGCUGGGAGCUCAUGGCCAUCUGCCUGGCCUUCUUCCCCCCCACGCCCAAGUUCCACUCCUACCUGGAGGGCUACAUCUACCGGCACAUGGACCCUGUCAAUGACACCAAAGUGACGCAGCACAUAAAAGAGCUCCUGGGAAGGAACACUAAGAAGAAGUACAAAUUGAGAAAGAAACCCAAGCCUUAUGUUGAAGAGCCGGAUGGGGUGGCUAUAAGCACAUAUGCCAAGUACUGCUACCACAAGCUGCAGAAGGCAGCCCUGACCGGGGCCAAGAAGGGCCUGAAGAAGCCCAACGUGGAGGAGAUCCGGCACGCCAAGAAUGCGGUGUUCAGCCCAUCCAUGUUCGGCAGCGCGCUGCAGGAGGUCAUGACUAUGCAGAGGGAGCGCUACCCCGACCGGCAGCUGCCCUGGGUGCAGACACGGCUCUCCGAGGAGGUGCUGGCGCUCAACGGUGACCAGACAGAGGGCAUCUUCAGAGUGCCUGGUGACAUUGAUGAGGUCAAUGCUCUGAAGCUGCAGGUGGACCAGUGGAAAGUGCCCACUGGCCUGGAGGACCCCCACGUCCCUGCCUCGCUGCUGAAGCUGUGGUACCGGGAGCUGGAGGAGCCCCUGAUCCCGCACGAGUUCUACGAGCAGUGCAUCGCGCACUAUGAGAGCCCGGAGGCCGCCGUGGCCGUGGUGCACGCGCUGCCCCGCAUCAACCGCAUGGUGCUCUGCUACCUCAUCCGCUUCCUGCAGGUGUUCGUGCAGCCCGCCAACGUGGCCAUCACCAAGAUGGACGUGAGCAACCUCGCCAUGGUGAUGGCCCCCAACUGCCUGCGCUGCCAGUCUGACGACCCGCGCGUCAUCUUCGAGAACACCCGCAAGGAAAUGUCCUUCCUGCGCGUGCUCAUCC